AAGCCAAAAACCCACAAAACCCUUUCACAUUCUUUUUUUAUUAUCAGUUUUUUCACUCUCUCGAAAUUCUCUUUUCCUUUGAUUUUUUUUCGCAAGAUAAAAACAAGAAUCGGUUAAGCUUUUGAAUGAGGUGAAUUUCUUCACGAGAGAGAUGAUUUAUUGAGUUUUAGGGUUUUUGAAAAAGUGAAGUGGAAAAAGAAGAAGGAAACGUGAUUAUGGUGAUGAGAGAGAUGCGAAAGUCCUUCAAGGAUUCUCUUAAAGCUCUUGAAGCUGACAUUCAAUUUGCCAAUACUCUAGCUUCUGAUUAUCCAAGAGACAAAGACGGAGUCUGCUUUCAAAUGAGAUUGUCUUAUAGCCCAGCUGCUCAAUUUCUUCUUUUUCUGGUUCAGUGGACUGAUUGCCAUCUUGCUGGAUUCCUAGGAUUGCUUCGAAUUCUCAUCUACGAGGCAUGUAAUGAAGGGAAGACAAGCACCACUUAUGAAAGAAAAGCUAGUCUAAAGGAGUUUUAUGGUGUGAUCUUUCCGUCUUUAUUACAACUCAAGGGAGGAAUCACUGAGGUAGAAGAAAGGAAACAAAAAGAUCUAUGCACAACAAAGUACAAACCGAAAAAUGUGAUUAGAAAAGGAAAGCUAUCUGAAAUUGAUCUAGAGAGAGAAGAAGAAUGUCCUAUUUGUAUGGAGAUGAACAACAAAGUUAUGUUGCCAAAUUGCAACCAUUCUUUGUGUAUGAAAUGCUACAAUGACUGGCACAAACGAUCUCAAUCUUGCCCUUUCUGCCGCGACAGUCUUAAAAGAGUAAACUCUGGUGAGCUUUGGAUCUACGUGAGCAGCAGGGAGAUAAAUGAUUUGGAAUCAAUCAACAAGGAGAAUCUAAAAAGGCUAUUUAUGUACAUUGAAAAGUUGCCUCUGAUUUUACCAGAUCAAAUAUUCAUGUCUUAUCCUCGAAGCUUUUGAUUUCCAUUUAGUGAAUUUUGGAGAUCAUAUAUGACUUCAAAUCAAUGAGGAAAGUUAAAAUAGGCUUUAAAUUAGUGUACAUUCUCAAGUUACCUAAAUUUUUUUUAUUUCUACAAUAGAUUUCAAAUGUAAAUACUUGAUGGCUCUUUAGUCGAAUGAUAUUUUAACUCCAAUAGAUUUCGUUAGCUAGAAUAUUUGGCUCUAAGCUAUUUAUGAUUCA